CAAAAGGAGGAUGUCAUUCCUGCCCAACUGGUUCUGAUUAGUCUCUCAAAAUGCGCCAUUCUUAUCGCCGACCUCUAUCCAUUGAAAACCCAGCAUACGACACGCUGUGCCCGAGCCCCUUCUCAGCUACAAAAGCAGUCGUCCUCGCUGAGGUUGCAACAGACCACUAGCAGCAUACCCCAUCCGAUCAACGACUCGCUCAAAUCUAUCCUUACAUACUCUACCAAACCACAUCAUGAAGGUCUUUCUUACCGGUGCCACCGGCUACAUUGGGUCUCACUUGACUUCCAUUUUACUCUCCGCCGGACACGACCUCAGCGCGUUAGCUCGUUCUGACGUUGGUGCAGAAAAACUCGAAAAGCAAGGCAUCUCAGUCGUUCGUGGAUCACUUGAAGAUGUCGACAUCCUCACCAAGGCCGCUUCCGAGGCGGAUGCUGUCAUCCAUCUAGCUUAUAUCCACGACUUUGGGAACCACGACGGUACACCUAUCCGAGUGGAUAACGCUGCAAUCCGCGCUUUGGCAGAGGGCCUCAAAGGCACCGACAAACCCCUUCUUACAACUUCUGCCCUUCCUUUCGGUACCCCCUACGCUACAGAGCUCGACCCGGCCACGUUUGGUCCCCGCGCCCAAGCCGAAAGGACCCUUCUCGAGUAUACUUCCCAAGGGGUGCGAACGGGUAUUGUUCGUCUGCCCAACGUCCAUGGUGACAAUGACAAAGCAUUUGUACCACACGUUAUCGCCCAGUCUCGCAAGAAUGGUGUGGCUGCUUAUGUGGGAGAAGGCAAGACGCAUUGGGCGGCGGUGCAUGUGAAGGAUGCGGUGCAGGUGUACAAGUUGGCGAUUGAGAGCAAGAUACUGAAAGGUGGAGAGGUUCUGCAUGCGGUACAUGAUGAAGGGGUCGAGUCCAAAAAGUUGAUGGAGCUCAUUGCGAACAAAAUUGGUGUUGAGACAAAGAGUAUUAUGCCAGAGGAAGCUGCAACUUUCUAUACUUUCCUGGGUCCUUUUGUUCAAGCGGAUAUUACUGGCACGAGCACGUUGACGAGGGAGCGGCUAGGCUGGGAACCCAAGGAGAAGACAUUGCUGGAGGAUUUGGAGACUAGUGAAACCUACUUUGCGACUGGUAGUGGUAGCAAGUAUUAAUAACAACUUGACAAUUUUGCCAUAUGUGUGAAUCAAUUAACAAAGAGCUGGACGAAAGUC